AUGCGAGAUCAUUCUAAAUUGGGAGAUGGAUCAGAAACGAAGGGCAGUGAUGAGAGUGAAAGCGCAAAGGAGGAAGCUGUGAGCAGUUCUUCAAGGAAGAAAAAUGGGUUUCAUGGUGAAGAAUGUGAUCCAUCUAACAUGUGUACAGAUAAGGAUAAACAGUUUGUCGCUUGUCUUCGAGUUCCUGGUAAUGAUGCGCCUCAUCUCUCACUCUUGAUUCAGAACAAAGGCAAGAGUGCUUUGCUUGUAACUAUAACUGCUCCGGGUUUCGUUCGGUUAGAGAAGAACAAAGUUGAGCUCCUUGAAAACGAAGACACAAAGGUGAAAGUCUCUAUUAAAAAGGGAGGGUCCAACGAUAGCGCAAUCAUACUAGCUUCCGGUAAUGGCCAUUGCAGCCUUGAGUUAAAGGAUUUGGCCAUUGCAGCACAUGAAACAGGAAACGAAGAUACAGUGGUUGUUUCUCGUCCUUCAAUCCUCAGUAUCCGUCCGAGAACACUCAUCGUCGUCGUCAUGAUCUCCUUCCUCGUGCUCUCCCUUGUCGUCAUCCCAGUGAUUAUCCACGUUUACAGGAACAAGGCAAAGGGAAACAGCAAAUACCAGAAGCUGGACAUGGCAUUGCCAGUGUCGAACACGGCUUCGGUGUCAAAAUCUGAUCAACAAACGGGUGAUGGUGAUGACGGAUGGAACAAUAACUGGGGAGAUGAUUGGGACGAUGAAAAUGGCGACGGAGGAGACGAAGAACAGCCGAAUACUCCGGUGUUACCACUCACACCGAGCGUUUCGUCUAGAGGACUCGCUCCUAGACGACUCAGUAAAGAAGGUUGGAAAGAUUAGUUUCACUCACUUGUCUCUUGUGUUUCCACGGAGAAUUUGUAACGCUGAUCCUGAAGGGAUUUUUGGGUAAUGUUUAUUUAUGGAGUAAAAAACUUUGUUACCAAAGUAACAAAAUCAAAACGCUUUUCUUUUUAUACCUUUGGGCCUUUGGUGUUUCUGAGUAUGAGCUUCUUGUUUAUCGGCCUAAUUUGUUUUCAUAAUUCUGUACGUUUGGGCUGUGAAGAUGAUAUCGUGCCUUUCAUAUUCUCAGUUUCGUCUAUGUUUAAAUACAAUAUUUAAC